AUGAUUUACUCUUCUGGAAGGGAAUCCUACUUCAACAGGAAUUCCACCUGGUAUGACCCUGCAGGUUCCUGGCUGGACACGCGGCGCACACCCUUCACCUAUGCUUAUAGCACCUGCUGCAGCAGUGGUUGUGGGCCAAGGGGAGGCCAUGAUAACCGAUGCUACGAGUAUCGACGAUCGGGCUGUGCUGAGAAUUGCCAUGGGUCAUCAGGGUCGUGCCAUGGCAGUGGAGGCCACUGUUGUGUCAGGAGGCCAUCGUACUUCCAUGGACCCUCCGGAAGAUGCCAUGGCCAUGGGUGGUCGGUCUGUUCUGAGCGGUCUUGCCACAGUUCUGGAUCGUCAUGUCAUGGUUCUGGAUCGUCAUGCCACGAUACCUCUGGAGCAUGCCACAGUGCACCAAUUUAUGUGAAGCCAAAACAACAUGUGCAACAGUGUUGCCCUCCAGUGCAGAAGUGCUGUCCACCAGUGCAACAGUGCUGUCCUCCAGUGAAAAAGUGCUGCCCUCCAGUGCAGAAGUGCUGA